AUGGCAUCGUCCAGUCAUUCUGUUGAUGUCAUUGCGUCACCUACAAGUAUUCCAGCCACCACAAUCAUGGCAUCGUCCAGUCAUUCUGUUGAUGUCAUUGCGUCAACUACAAGUAUUCCAACCACCACAAUCAUGGCAUCAACCAAUUCUAGUUUUGAUGUUGCUGCAUCUCCUGAUAAUAUUCCAUUGUCCACAAGCAUGGAAUCAUUCAGAACUUCCGUUGUUGUUGUUGCGUUACCUACAAGUAUUGCAACCUCAACAAACAUGUCAUCGUCUAGUUCUUUUGUUGCGGUUAUUGCAUUCCCUGCAAGUAUUCUACCCUCCACAAGCAUGGUAUCUGCCAGCUCUACUGUUGCUGCUGUUGUAUCUCCAAGAAUUAUUAAACCCUCCACAAGAAUGGCAUCGUCCAGUUAUUUUGUUGCUGUUGUUGCAUCGCUUCUAAGUAUUCCAUUCUACUCCAUAAGCAUGGCAUCUUACAGCUCUUCUGUUGAAGACAUUGAAUCGCUUACUAGUAUGCCAACUUCCUCAAGAAUUGCUUCAACCAGUUCUACUGUUGUUGUUGUAUCUUCUAAAAUUAUUCAACCCUCCGCAAGCAUGACAUCGUACAAUUCUUAUAUUGAGGACAUUGAAUCGCCUACAAGUAUGCCACGGUCGACAACCAUGGCAUCAACCACUUCUACUGUUGCUGUUGUUCUGUCACCUGCAAGUGUUCCACUUACCACAAGCAUGACACCGUCGAUCUCUUCUAUUGCUGGUGUUGCAUCACCAGCAGGUAUUUCAUACACUCCAAGCAUGACAUCAACCAGUUCUACUACUGCUGUUGUUACAUCUCCUGCACGUUUUCCAUCCUCCACAGGCAUGGCAUCGUCCAUUAUUUCUGUUCCCGUUGUAGCAUCACCUACAACAAGAAUUCCAUCUUUCAGUCCUUCGGUAACUGUUUUUGCGUCACCAACAAUUAUAGCAUCUACCACAAGCAUGGCAUCGUCAAUUUCUUCGCUUGCUGCUGUUGCAUCGCCUACAAUUACUGGCUAUUCUAGUAGUUAUUUGGCGUCGACAAGUAUGGUAUCAUCAAGUUUAAUUGUCGCAACUGCUGCUUUAUCAACAAGUGAUGAACGCACAAGUAGUUCGAUAUCGUCUAGUUCUUCUCAAGCAGAUGUGUUUUCAUCUUCAAGUAGGGCCUUUACGACAAUUUCGUCUUCUGUAAGAGUUGUUGCGUCAUCUACAAAUGUUCCACUAUCGACUAUUGUCACUGCUUCAACAUUACCUGUUGCAGUAACUGUCACUCCUAGUGUAUAUGCACCACCCAACAUGGUGUCAUCGUCAGUGGGAGCUGUUGUUUCGCUUCCUUCAAAAAGUGUUAAGCCUAUAACAAGCAUGGUAUCUUCAGCCUCAUCUAAACUAGAUAUUAGAUCAUCGAAAGUUGUUGUCUCUUCAAGUCUUUCGUUUGCACCGUCUUCUUCAGUUAGUUCGAUUUUUCCUACUACUGUUGUUUCCAUGAUGAAAGGAAGUUCCUCCGCAGUUCCUACUGUGCCAGCACCUGUCAACGAAUGCUUUAACGCGUCUUUAAAUAAGUGCAGUAUUAAUGGAAAGUGCCAUGAUUUACGUUUUGGUUAUAACUGCUCCUGUAACAGUGGAUACACUGGGGAUGGAUAUGUCUGCUUAGAUAUCAAUGAGUGUACCACUGAGCGAUGUGGGAUCAAUGAACGAUGUGUGAAUCUACCUGGCCUUUACAAAUGUGAAUGCAUUGGAGGCUUCAUCAGGCAGUCUAGUGGAGCUCCUUGCAUAGCUGUUUCCACGUUCUCGUCUGGCUUUAAAAUUGAUCAAGGAAAAGACGCAGUCUUUACUCCGGCAUUAAAGAACCAAAGCUCGACAGAAUUCAAGAAGCUAGAGAAAAAAGUGUGURACUCGGUUGAUGCAUUGUAUAAAGCUUCACCACUGGCCGAAAGCUAUGUUAGAUGUGAUGUUUCAGAAUUUAGGCAAGGCAGCGUUGAUGUUGAUUACGUGGUUGUCUUUAAGAACACAUCUGUCACACCUGAAACUGCUAAAAAUGCKCUCAUUGUGGCCUUGCAAAACAGCACAAACAGCUCUGCAGGAGUAUUUUCUGGUGUUAACAUUACGAGUAUUGCAGUCAAAGACCUUGAUGAGUGUACGAGUGGUCUCCAUGAUUGCCAUAGCAACGCCACGUGUUUGAAUACGAUUGGUGCAUUUACAUGUAAAUGCCAUGGUGGAUUUAAUGGAAACGGCAGAACGUGUUCAGAUAUCAAUGAAUGUUUGAACGCCAGUCUUCAUAAUUGCAGUUUAAGUAGACCAGGAGUUGUAUGCAUCAAUAGUAUAGGCAGCUACAGCUGCGGCUGCAACGAAGGCUACACCAAGGACAUUAUUGCAGGAGUAUGCAACGUAACCAAUUACUGCCUGGCAAAGGUGCAUAACUGUCAUCCCAAUGCCACGUGUACAAAUGUGGGCGACUACUUCACGUGUCGGUGUCAAAAUGAAUUGAAUUAUUAUGGCAACGGAACGCACUGUUUUGCUGGAUGUCCGGCAGGAUUUUGUAAGAACAAUGCUACGUGCAUCCCAACAAAUACCAAGAAUUAUUGCAAGUGCUCUCUAGGGUAUCAGGGAGAAUUUUGCGAGACAAAAAUCGUGAAGGACACCAAGAAACCCAGAACGUUGUCUCCUAACUCUUCAGAAAAAAAGAACCAAACUCUGUUCUACAUUUUGAUAAUGGUGUCAAUAUUAGCUGUGUUAGCUAUCUUGGUCGCAGCUGUAGCGGUAUUCUGUGUACGAAGACGGCGCUUAUCAGUAUUUGCCAGAGAUAUCAAUUUCAACGAAACACACCCUGCUGCAAAUACCAAGCUUCGCUCCGUUCGAGAAAGAAUCUCUAUGGUUAGAUCGCCCGUCUAUCUUCCGAGCGAACAAGAGCUUGAAAGAAAAAUAUCUGGCAGAAUGAGGGCAAGAUCUGAAAACAUAGAUGCGCGUCAUGCUGCCGAGCAUCUUGAGGACAUCCAUAGGGAGCUAUGCGAGGAAGGACAACCUGUCUUUGAGCAACGGGUGCCCGAGUCUGGUGUGGCGUUUGAUGACUUGAUAGAGAGUCGGUAUAAUUCUGCAGUUGUCCCGUAAGAAGUGUCUUCAUAAAGAGCUCAAGUUCUACCACACCUGAUGUAAAAAUUCGAUGUCCUGAAUCMUUCAAUCUAAACUCAAUAAUAGCAACCAAUCAUAGAUUAGCGAGUGAAACUGAAAUGGUCGCCAUCUUGAUUUAUGUACAAUUGACCUAUUUCAUUAUGACGUCACAUCAAAACAUUGUAUUGUUUUGACACUAAGGAUUAUGGUCACCACAGGGGAUCAGGCUGACUGCAUAUCAUGUACAUCAGCAAUCAUUUAUACAUGAUAUAUAUCAAGACACGAUUCACUGAAGUUUUACUUUAGGAGACAAUAUAAAUAUAUAUAGUCUCCUAAAGUAAAACUUCUAUAAAUGGUCCAAAUUUCCUUUGUUUUUGAACAUCCGAUGUAAAUAUACUAUAACGUCAUAAUCAAAUAGGGCAAUUCUUAUGGAAGUACUUUCCGCGAGACUUGAUGACGCGUUUAGAUGAUUCAUAGAAACUAUAAUGGCGGCCGUGCAGUUAAAACCGAGUUCUGUCAUGAACAAAAAUUUAAAAAAUUCUACAAAAAUUUAUGUAUAAUAUUAUGUAAACAAAAAUGUAAUUGAAUAUGAUAAAAAUUAAAUAUUCGUUUUGUGUAAAUCAUCUUGUUAUUACUUCUACUUGUUGUUGAUUUGAAAUGUGAAGGUGGCUUAUCUCAGCACUAACGUAACCCUAAACGAA